AUGUUGAGAGAAAACUUCGAUGUCACUUUAAAGAGCAUUUUAUGGUUUCGAUUUCUUUUGAUAAUUAAUACUCUGCAAGCUGUUUAAUUAAUUAAUGGUUAAAAUGUGUAAAUACUCAUAUUAACAAUAGCUUUAUUUAAGAGAUGCUAAGCAAAUAUAGAAUAAAUUUGUUAAUUUAUUUUGGGAACAGUAACUAUUUGAUUUUUGCUUACAUCAUUAUUUUAAGCAUUUUUUUUCAUAUAGCUAUUACUUAAAUUGUAAUCAAAAUGAAAAUUUCGAUUCAUUAAUUUAUUGGUUCCUUUUUUGUUUAAACCAUUUAUUAUGUGUAGUCUAUGCCAAUUAUUUUAAACUCCCUAUAUGCUAUUUUAUAUUAGGAUCAAUAUGUUCAUUUAAUCUUGUUCCUCCUAACAGUAUUAUUGAAUAUCAUGUAUAUUAAGUUCAGCUGUUAAACAAGUUUUUUGUAGAUAGAUGGAAGCUUUUCAAGAUAGAUAGAUGAGAUUGUCAUUUAUAUAUUUCGAUUUGUUUUAUGCCUUUUAAAGAUCAAAUUGCCAAUUGCUGAAUUACAAUUUUCAAUAUUGAUCAUAGAAUCAUUUUUAUUAACGUUAAUUUAGAUUAACAAUACUCAAUUGAAUAGCCACUUUAUUUUUCAAUUAAGAAUAUUUCUUUUUGUGAUUGGAAUAGCAGGCAUAUUGAAAUUAGAAUGGAUUGAAAUAUUUUUAGUUUAUAUAUUUACUAUAGGUGUUAUGCAAUCUUGGAGAAAUAGACUUGAAAUAAAUAAGUUGACUGAUGCUAAAAAUUAGUUUUAAUUAAAAUUUUUGAUUUCUUAAAUUGUUAAAAAUUAUUCAAAUGAUGAAACUAUUUAAGUUUUAUUAAUUUAAAGAUGCAUAAAAUCAAAUUUAAAAUAUUUACAAAAAAAUACUAACUCAAAUAUAAUUAAGAUAUAGGAUAGAAUAAUGAUAGAAAGAUAUUUUGAAUAAAAUCUAUACAAACUUUAUUUUCUAUUGUUGCAAUAAAAUUAAUCUAAAUUGUCAUUUUUUGACUUUAUUUUCGUAAAAGCAAAUAUUUAUUUAAUUUAAUAAGAAUGUUUUUCAAAAUCGAAAAAAUAACUAUAAGAUAACUCAUAAAUAAUUCGAAUUUUUGAAGAAUAAGAAUCUAACUUUUUAAUUUUAGAAUAAGCCAAUAUUGCAAAAUUAAAUUUUUAUUAAGCACUGAUUAAACUCACUAUUAAUGAAUAAUAAUAUUGUAAGAUUAUUAGAGAAUAGUGUGUGAAAUUUUGCAAGACUAUGUAGCAAUUAAAAAAGGAUUUAUAAGCUAGCAUUAACAUAAGAGCACAAACUCUUUAAAAUUCGAAUAUAACUGAUCUCAACACAGUAUAAACUAUUUAAAAAUACUAUUUCGUCUUUUAUGGUGACUAUUAGAAAGUAUAUGAAAAAUCUUAUUUUAGGCAUUUCAAAUUGGGUAGAAAGCUAGAGAAUUACCAAGAUGGGAUCGAAAUCUCAAUCUUAAGCUGCUAAAAAGUAAUAAGAUAUGUAUUCUAUCUUAGAUUAGAUCUUUCUGAUUAAAGUUAGUUAUUUAUAAAAGAAAUGGACUAUUUUGAAUUCAAAAAUGAAAUACUUAGCUGAUUUUUUUCAAGAUUAAUAUUUAGAUAGCAUUUUGGAUUUGUUUCCAUAAUUCUUAAGAGGAUAUUAUCAAUAAUAAUUGAAUAGAUAUGUAGAAAAUGAAUUUGUAGACAAAUAUUAAUUAAGGACCUAUUUAUUGAAAAAUAAUUAUAUUAUUUCGUGUAGAAUUACAUUUCAUCAUGAAAUCUUAGAUAAUGAUUUAAUAAUUAAUAAUAUAAUAGAGAUUGAAGAUAAAAAUAAUGUUCUAUUGUUUGAUUAAUAUGGCAAGAUUUUGGGAAUUUCAGAAUUACUCUACAAUGAAUUAUAAAAUCUUGAUGAAUACUAUACCUAAGAUAUAUCAAUCUAAACAUUUUUAGAAAAAGCAAUGAUAUAAUUUUAUGUUCCUGAGAUCGAAUAUUAAGUUCUUCAACUUACCUCAUCUCAGUAAUAUAAUUAACUCGAAUUUUAAUCGACAUUUCCAAAAAAUAUAAAUCAUAAUGAUUGUUUACAAUAGAAGAUAAAUUUUAAUAUUGAAUCUCUUACCUAAAUUAAAUAUAAUUCAUCUUCUAAUUGUCAUGAAAAUUAAAAGGACAAAACAAUAAAACUGUUAAACCCUAAAUUUUCGAUGCAGUUUGAAUAAAUUCAACAAUAGCUGGGUUAAGAAUAAAAUAUAUCAUCUCAUAAAUUUGAAUUAGAUUAUGUUGAAUUGGGUACUCCUUGUUGCAAUUAUUUUAUACUACAUUUUUCAGAUUUAGAAUAUCAUUUGGAAAGUUAGGAUAGGAGUUUAAAAUUAGAAGCAAAAACAAUCAAAAUACAUAGUACUUUAGAUAAUAAAAUCAAUAUGUCUCUAAUUGAACAAAUAGUAGAGAAAAGGGAGAUAUCAAGAAAUUUAAAGUUACAAUUAAUGCUGAUGAUUUUUCUCACUAUCUAUGUAGCUUGUACUAUUUUUGUAAACAAAUAAUCUGGUUUUAAUGAAAUCAAAUCAUAUUAAUCUUCAAUUAAUUUUUUGAUUAAUCCUUAGGCUUUAACUUUCUCAUACGCAGGGUCUUUUCUUUUAUAAUGGAAUAGAUAUUGCGUAGAGAGUGGUUUAUAUAAUCUCUCAUAAUAUAUUGAAUUCUAAAGGCAAUAGAAAUUAAAUUAUGCAUUUACUUUAUGGAAAGGUAUCCACGUUAAUUACACAUUAAAUUUGAGUUAGAGGAGCAGGGAAUUAGGGAUGGAAAUGGUAGAUGUUAUCGAAUAUGACAAAAACAAUAGUAAAAUUGUAACUAAAAUGGACUUUUAUUCAUUCUAUUCUAUAACUAGAGAGAAAAUGGUAAGAGUGUAAAAAAAUACUAAUUAUACAAAUGUCUCAACUCAUGAUUAUUCUAUAUUUAAAGCUAAUGGAUUCAUUAGAUAGAAUAUUAUGACUAUUUUCAAAUUCCAUGAUGUUGUUAUAAAUGAUGAAAUUGAAUAUCUUAAACAAAAAGUGGAGUUCUCCCAAACUAAUUUUUACUUGAUUGAGAUUAUUUAGAUAUGUUGUGCAAAUACAUUCACAGUAGCACUAAUAUAUUCUAUACGUAAAUAAGUCAAAUUAAAAAAUCAAAUAUUCACCUUAUUAUCCUUAAUAGAGAUCAAUUCUAUUAAAACUCAAAUACAGUAAACAAAAAUAUUUCAUUCAUUCACAAAUUAUUCAUAAAAAUCAAUUACAAAUUUGAUUAAUAAUGAUUCAAUAUUGAAUGAAAAUUCUCAAUAAAAUAAAAAUAAUCAUACAAUCUAAAGAUUAUAAAAUAUUAAAUUUAUAUCGAAAUUUCGCUUAUUGAUACCAAUAAUUUUUAUAAUUUGCUAUGGCAUGUAGAUGAUUGGAGCUUACUAUUAUAGAGCUUUCUAUUAUGAUAAUUAUAAACAUUCCUUAUUAAUGACUAUGAAUUAUAUAAAAUUCAAGAAGCUAUUUGAUAGUUCAAUCUUAUUGGGAGAAUUAAUCAAAACAGAACAUUUAAUUCCAUCUAAUCCCUAUUAAUUAAUAAAUUAAACUGAAACCAUAGAAUNAGAAUAAAAUAUAUCAUCUCAUAAAUUUGAAUUAGAUUAUGUUGAAUUGGGUACUCCUUGUUGCAAUUAUUUUAUACUACAUUUUUCAGAUUUAGAAUAUCAUUUGGAAAGUUAGGAUAGGAGUUUAAAAUUAGAAGCAAAAACAAUCAAAAUACAUAGUACUUUAGAUAAUAAAAUCAAUAUGUCUCUAAUUGAACAAAUAGUAGAGAAAAGGGAGAUAUCAAGAAAUUUAAAGUUACAAUUAAUGCUGAUGAUUUUUCUCACUAUCUAUGUAGCUUGUACUAUUUUUGUAAACAAAUAAUCUGGUUUUAAUGAAAUCAAAUCAUAUUAAUCUUCAAUUAAUUUUUUGAUUAAUCCUUAGGCUUUAACUUUCUCAUACGCAGGGUCUUUUCUUUUAUAAUGGAAUAGAUAUUGCGUAGAGAGUGGUUUAUAUAAUCUCUCAUAAUAUAUUGAAUUCUAAAGGCAAUAGAAAUUAAAUUAUGCAUUUACUUUAUGGAAAGGUAUCCACGUUAAUUACACAUUAAAUUUGAGUUAGAGGAGCAGGGAAUUAGGGAUGGAAAUGGUAGAUGUUAUCGAAUAUGACAAAAACAAUAGUAAAAUUGUAACUAAAAUGGACUUUUAUUCAUUCUAUUCUAUAACUAGAGAGAAAAUGGUAAGAGUGUAAAAAAAUACUAAUUAUACAAAUGUCUCAACUCAUGAUUAUUCUAUAUUUAAAGCUAAUGGAUUCAUUAGAUAGAAUAUUAUGACUAUUUUCAAAUUCCAUGAUGUUGUUAUAAAUGAUGAAAUUGAAUAUCUUAAACAAAAAGUGGAGUUCUCCCAAACUAAUUUUUACUUGAUUGAGAUUAUUUAGAUAUGUUGUGCAAAUACAUUCACAGUAGCACUAAUAUAUUCUAUACGUAAAUAAGUCAAAUUAAAAAAUCAAAUAUUCACCUUAUUAUCCUUAAUAGAGAUCAAUUCUAUUAAAACUCAAAUACAGUAAACAAAAAUAUUUCAUUCAUUCACAAAUUAUUCAUAAAAAUCAAUUACAAAUUUGAUUAAUAAUGAUUCAAUAUUGAAUGAAAAUUCUCAAUAAAAUAAAAAUAAUCAUACAAUCUAAAGAUUAUAAAAUAUUAAAUUUAUAUCGAAAUUUCGCUUAUUGAUACCAAUAAUUUUUAUAAUUUGCUAUGGCAUGUAGAUGAUUGGAGCUUACUAUUAUAGAGCUUUCUAUUAUGAUAAUUAUAAACAUUCCUUAUUAAUGACUAUGAAUUAUAUAAAAUUCAAGAAGCUAUUUGAUAGUUCAAUCUUAUUGGGAGAAUUAAUCAAAACAGAACAUUUAAUUCCAUCUAAUCCCUAUUAAUUAAUAAAUUAAACUGAAACCAUAGAAUAAUAUUUGAUGUAUGCUGACAAUUCAACUAAUUUAUUUAACACAAUUCUUGAUGAUUUGGUCGUAUCAGAUUAUUUUAACGACACUAUGAAGACCCUGAUAUUAAAUGCUUUUAGAAAGGAUUUGUGUUUGAGUUUUUAAAGGUUUCUAGUUUUCUGUAAUACAACUUAGAUAAAGUUGCCAUACAAACUUAGUGACUCGUAUCUUACUAUUACUUAAGAUGGAAUAGGAGGAGUAGUUUAAAACUACAAAAAAAUGGUUUAAUAAGAAUUUAACACAGAAAGGCAGACUUUGAAAUAUUCAAAGAAUAAUGUCCAAUUUAUUAAUUCAUAGAUUCACCAGAAUUUCUUUGUUUAAUAUGCCCAGGAUAUUUAAUCAUGUUUUUUCACUUGUUUUAGUUACUUUAUCAACGAAAGCAUUUACUUAAGUGAUCUUUUUAUUGAGGCUAUGGCAGAAUAUUUUAACUUAACUGGAAUUAUGUAAAUACUUAUUAAAUUUUAGCAUUUUACUAUUAUAUUUUAUCUUCUCAGUUUUUUGGGUCAUUUAUCAAUAUCUAUAGAUUCAUUAAAUUAAGUUUGUCUUAAUCUUACUAGAUCCAAAAAUAGUAUAGAAAAAAGGGAUUCAUCAAAUUUUAAUGAAAAUUAUGAAUUAUUUAUGAUUAAAUAUUGA